AUGGUAAAGAAGGGGAAGGAGAAGGCCGCUGCGCCAGCUCCAGCCGCAGGGGCGAGCAGCUCGUCCAAGAAGUCUACCAAGCAGAAUGCACCACCAAAGGAGGACGAUUUCAUCGUCUUCACCAACUCAACCAAGGAACCGAAAGGCAAGAGAGGCCAAGGGAGUGGUGCUGCAGCUAAAGCCGGCGUGCCAGAACCUGGUCCACCAGGGCCUCCCAAGCCAACGGUCAAGCAAAUAGUUGGAGGCGCCAGCUGGACCGGCAAGUUGCCGGUCAAUCUGCUUUCUGAACAUUGCCAAAGGCAGAAGUGGGAGAAGCCCAGCUAUGACAACAUGAACAAAAAUGCCGAUGGCUAUUCCUGCUUUGUGACGCUCAGUGCCAAGCACCCCAAGACGCAGGAGAUGCAAACGUUGCCAUCCUUCAAGCUGCCGCCGACACAUAAGCACCUCGUUACCAAGCCUACAGCGCUGGAGGCCAGGCAUGCUGCUGCGACGUCACUCUGGAAAGAGUUUGAAACCUUGAAGAAGGAGGACGUGAAGAAUGGCCUCGCUUGGAUUUACGCUGCUGACCCGUUUGUUACCAUGAGAGAGCGUGAGGAUGCCAAGGUGGCUGCAGAGAAGAAACGAAAAGAGCAAGAAGCCCUCAAGGAAAAGGCCAAGAACAUGCCUGGUGCUUCUGGCUUAGUGCUUCGCAGCAACGCAGCGGGAGGCUCUGGCGGUGGUGGCUCGAACCCCAUGAAAGGCUGGACGACAAUACCAAAGAUCGAGUUGGGAAGGAAGACACGGUCACAACUCGAGGACCUUCUUCGGCGAGAAGUCAUUUGGAACCCGCAUGGCGUCAAGCUCUCUGCAGCUGCCAAGGAGUCUAUUGUCAAAGAGUUCACCAGCUCGGGUUUCAGGAAGAGUCAUGUCGAGGAGGCCGUGGACGAAUGCAAGGAUCGUGAGGAAACGCUGGAGUGGCUCUUGAUUCAUGUUCCGGAGGAUGAUUUGCCUAGGUGGGCCCUCCCAGAGAGCUACAGUGCUGGUGUUUCAGUUGCUGCGACAUCAGAUUUGAGACGAGAAGCUGCCAUCAAGCGGUUGUCGCAGUCAGGUUACUCCGUUGAGCUUUGCAGAAAGGUCUACGACGAGAAAGGAGGAGAUGAAGGACAAGCCGCAGAUGCACUGCAGGAGAUAUUGCUUUCCAGCGGCAGUGAUACGGCAACAGCCGUCGACCCAUCAGAAGAGCCACUUAUCUUGGGUACCCCAGACGAGUGUUGGACCGACGAGCUGGAAAGUCUGGAGUCCGUCUUUGGCGAACUCUACAAGCGAGUGUCAGACGACAUCUGUCAGAUAGGCGUGGAAUCGGUUAAAAAUGGCCCGAAGGCGAUCGAAACAUUCGUCCAGAUACGGAAGUCACCUCAGUACCCCUCUGAAGUUACUGUAUCCAUGGUGGCCGACCUUCCAUCUUACAUCAAGCUUAGCAUUGUCAAGAAGACCCUGCAGUAUGUUAAGGAGUCACUGGGAGGAGAGCCGAUGAAGAUCUACUUCAUUGUCGAUUGGGUACAGCAGAACAUCAACGACAUCAUCCUGCGACCGGGCAAGCUUCGCGAUAUUUCAGGGGUUGUAUCAACAGCCUCAGAGGUUCGGACGGCUGUAGGAAAGCUGAGGAAGUCCGCGAGGCAUCCCACUCCCCUGAAGUGGAUUGUGGACACGCGCGAUCGCACAACUUGGCAGGCAAGACAAGAUGAGCCAUCUUUGAAAUCAAUGAUAGCACAACGUCAAAAAUUGCCAGCAUGGCAAGUAAGAGACCUUGUCGUCAACACCGUAUCUCAACACCAAGUUACUAUCAUUGCAGGAGAGACAGGAUCUGGAAAAUCUACACAGUCGGUUCAGUUCAUCCUAGAUGAUCUGUACAGCAAGGGAUAUGGUAGAGCAGCGAACAUCAUCUGCACCCAGCCACGUCGAAUUUCUGCCUUGGGACUUGCAGACCGCGUAAGCGACGAGCGAUGCACCCAGGUUGGAAAGGAAGUGGGAUAUUCUAUCCGUGGAGAGAACAAGGUUAGCGCCCAGACCAAGAUCACGUUCGUGACUACCGGUGUCCUCCUCCGGCGACUACAGACAUCAGGUGGCCGAACCGAGGAUGUUGUGGCAUCAUUGGCUGACGUCAGUCACGUUGUGAUUGAUGAGGUCCAUGAACGCAGCUUGGACACCGAUUUCCUCCUGAGCAUCAUUCGUGAUGUCCUUCGCCGCAGAAAAGAUCUCAAGCUCGUGCUGAUGAGCGCUACUCUGGACGCUGCCACGUUCAAGAACUAUUUCACUUCUGAGGGACUUCAAGUUGGCCUGGUGGAGAUUGCUGGCAGGACUUAUCCCGUCGAAGAUUAUUAUCUUGAUGACAUCAUCCGCAUGACGAAUUUCACGAUUGGGCGAGACAGAUACUACGAUGACGAAGAAUCAGACAUGAAGACUGCAGCUCAGGACCCUGUCAACAAGAUCAUUCAGAAGCUUGGCUCAAGAAUCAAUUAUUCACUUCUUGUGGAGACUGCGAAGGCCAUUGACGGGCAAUUGCAUCAGGCUGGUAAGAAAGGCGGCAUUCUGAUCUUCCUCCCUGGCGUUGCAGAAAUCAGUCGUACCGUGCGGGAGCUUCAGGCUGUGUCCUCACUUUACGUAUUGCCACUCCAUGCAUCUCUGGACACUCGCGAGCAGAAGAGGGUGUUCUCAAGCCCGCCUCAUGGGAAGAGGAAGGUCGUGGUGGCCACGAAUGUAGCCGAGACCUCGAUCACUAUCGACGAUAUCGUAGCUGUCAUCGAUACAGGAAGAGUGAAAGAAACUAGUUUCGACCCCCAGAAUAACAUGCGCAAGCUUGCGGAGACAUGGGCUUCCCGGGCGGCGUGCAAGCAACGACGAGGACGAGCGGGCAGAGUUCAAGCUGGCAUCUGCUACAAGCUCUACACACAAAACUUGGAACAACAGAUGGCUGAGCGCCCAGAUCCCGAAAUCCGUCGUGUCCCGCUUGAGCAACUCUGUCUGUCAGUUAGGGCUAUGGGUACUCGGGAUGUGGCGGGAUUCUUGGCUCGGACCCCGACACCCCCUGAAACCUCAGCCGUGGAAGGCGCCAUGAAGUUGCUACGGAGAAUGGGAGCGCUUGAUGGAGAUGAGCUCACUGCCCUAGGUCAGCAGCUGGCUAUGAUCCCUGCUGAUCUUCGCUGUGGCAAGCUCAUGGUGUACGGUGCGAUCUUCGGCUGUCUUGAGGAAUCGGUCUUGAUUGCAGCUAUUCUGAGCACCAAAAGCCCUUUUCUUUCUCCACCAGACAAGAGAGACGCCGCGAAAGAAGUUCGUAUGCGAUUCAACAGGGGAGAUGGCGACCUUCUCACAGACCUACGUGCAGUACAGCAGUGGCUUUCAAUGAUGGACGACAGGAUGCCACAGCGACAGGUCCGUAACUUCUGCGAUGAGAACUUCCUCUCCUACCAGACGCUUUCAGACAUUGCUUCGACGCGAACACAAUAUUACGCAGCACUCGUGGAGAUUGGCAUCACCUCUCACUCCAUCAUUACCGAAGCGCGCCGCUCAAGUCAGAGUGCGGUUUCUACCUCUAUCAUACGCGCAUUGACAGCUUCGGCUUUCAGUCCGCAAAUAGCGCGUAUACAAUUCCCAGACAAGAAGUUUGCUGCGUCCAUGACAGGAGCCGUUGAGCUUGACCCCGAGGCAAAAACCAUCAAGUAUUUCACACAAGAGAAUGGGCGGGUGUUCAUUCAUCCGAGCAGUACACUAUUUGACAACCAGGGCUUCUCAGGCAAUGCAGCCUUCGUAUCGUAUUUCAACAUGAUGGCGACAAGCAAGAUCUUCAUUCGAGAUCUAACUCCCUUCAAUGCGUAUACACUACUGCUCUUCUCGGGAGCCAUCGAGCUUGACACCCUCGGGAGAGGACUUGUGGUGGAUGGAUGGCUAAGACUACGUGGAUGGGCACGCAUCGGGGUACUGGUAUCAAGACUGCGGAGCAUGGUUGACAAUACUAUCGCACUUAAGGUCGACAACCCGCAGGCGGAUUUGCAAGAAAACGAAGUCAUCAAACUGGUGACGAAGCUCAUAGAACUAGACGGGCUCGCUGUGUCAUCUGGAGAACCACAUUUCACACCGAUAAUGGACGAGGUUGGGCUUUCCCCAAUUAAGUGGGCGGAGUCUGCCGACUGGCAAGCCCAUAGGGACAUAUUCACCCGCCUAUACUGGGACCAAGAUCUCUCACUGACGCAGGUCAUGGAUAUAAUGGAGCAGAAGCACCAGUUCUUCGCCACACUGCCCGAGGAGUGCAUGAGGGCGAUCACAGACUUUACGCGGAAUCGUUUCGACUCGCAGGACAGGUCUUUCUACGUUGUGGUCGACUCAGAACCGACAAAUUGGGCGAAUCAGGCACUUGUUGCCAAGGAGGCGAUCCAGAGAGGCAACGUACAGGCGGGGUUUCGCAUGCUCCACAUAUGUGCUGAGCAGUAUAAGCUUCUCGCUCUGGAGGGCCACCCGGAGCUGGUCCAGAAAACCCUCGGUGUCGCUUUUUAUCUCUUGGAGAUUGGCUCAGAUCUCUUCGAGGCGUUCAUGCGCUACACGGCAAGCAUAUGCUCGGCUGUACUCGGUCAGAAUCAUCCGCUCAGCCGUUUGUGGUACGCUUUGUGGAGAUCUGGAGUUCGUGGUAUUCAAGAUAAUGCGAUGGCUGUGAUGAAGGCCCAGUGCGAUGUCUUUACGGAACAUCUGGGUUCCAGAAACAAGUGGCUGGCAUGCAUAUACCUAGAAGUAGCCAGGAGCUAUCACAGGUUCAAACUCAUACCGGUCACGGAGGCAGAGGCGAUGAUAGAAGAAACAUCUCAUCUCAUAGCCUCUGAUAUACAAUACUGGCACAUGGACUACUAUCUCUGGGCCCGGCUGGAGCUUGCAAGCACGUACGUCCAAGAAAGAGAUUUUCACAAAGCAGAUGCGGUCCUGCGGCAAGUCGGGCAUGCAUUAUCCGAGGGGACAAGUGGAAUCGAUCUCUGGACCAAGAUGCAGUACUAUGUGCUGAGUGCGCGCACCAUGGAGGGCCUGGGGUCUCUAGAAGAAGCAACGAAAAUGCAUCGAGGGAGGUUGGAGGUUUGCCUGGCUGACGUGGGGCCUGAGCAUCGACAUACGGCCAGAGCACUAGGUGAAUUGGAAAGACACUAUCGUAACGUUGGCAAUGUUGGAGCUGCAGAGGAGCUGCAGCGUGAGUUUGAGGCGACUUGGGACUCUAUCUGCCAGCGUGAGGCUUCGCUUCAGGUGUAUGAGGAAAAUUAA